AUGUCUUCACAACGAGUUCUGAAUUCAUCAUUCCGUGCCCUUGCAGUGGGUGGCUCCAUGUCCAUGGGAUCUUGGCUAUACCAAGAAAACAUUGGCACGUCGUCGGAAAACCGAAACACCUCACCGGAUCCGAACAGAAGUGCAGAUGUCUUUGCACCAGCCAAUGUAAUGUGCUCAGAAGCAUCAGAUAUGAUGAUACAGGAAAGUUUAUUCUCGCUUCUACCACGCCCAAAAAUAACAAUGAUGGAUGGAGCUGCUUACUCGAAUGCGGCUGAUCGCGACAAGACCGCAAAACCGACCAGAACGAUAACCUACGAUUUUGUCAUUAUUGGUAGUGGGAGUGCUGGCCAAAGUGCCCUGAAAACUUUGAAGGAGAAAUGUCCCUCUGCACGGAUAGCAGUGAUCGAUCCAGUCAGGCUAGCAAAUGGAAAAGAGGGUAGGAGUGUGGAUCACUACAAGGAAACAGCCACAGGAUUCAAUCCAAAACUGAAAACUGUCCAAUUCAUGGAUGGUACGUCUACUCAACUAAAGUACAGACAUGGAAUCCUUUUGGCAACCGGGUCACGAGGAGCCCCUCCACCCUUGGAGCUCUUUCAGCUUUCCGCCCUACCCAGAGUAUUCGAGUUGAAGACAACAGAACUCCCAGGAAACAGCAUGAAGCGACCUGUACUCGCUCCAGAACAUGUCCGAAGGGCAAUACUUGGCUCAGCAGCGAAGGGUGCAAAAGUCGCUAUCUUGGGUAGUGGAUGGGAUGCCCUCGAUCUGGCAAGUGUCAUUUCAAAACAAGGUCGAAGGAAACCAACGAUGGUCUUUGGCAGUCAAGGGCCUGCUUGGAAUAUUUUGCCUCAAUAUUUAAGCUCUGAGCUUCGAAAACGCUUGGUAAAAAGAGGGGUUGAUAUACAAGAUCGAUCAAUCGUACGGUAUAUUGCAGAUAUCGAUCAUUUUAAAACAAAGAAGAUUGAAAUGCACACUGCAAAGUCUUUUGAUCUCUUGGAUACUCAAAGAACAGUUUUGGAUAUGGUUGUCCUCGCACCGGAUUCAUUUGGAAACAAGGGUACAGCUGCAUUACCAACCAGACAGAUUCCUGAGAAAAUGAUAGAGAGUGGUGAUGGGAGACCGUGGUACAAAACAUGGGCCCAGCUCACAAAAACUGACGAUCUUGAACCAUCAAUGAUUGCGUGUUUUGAGGAUGAUGGCCGAGUAGUUGUCAAUUCUGAAUUGUGUGCCGCGUCGAGAGUGUAUGCAGCCGGUUCUGUAGCGAAAUAUCCCAACUCUGCGACUGGAAGCUCGGCGAUUGCAGGAGAGGGGAUCCUUGACGGUACCAAGGCUGGUGAAGUUGCAGCAAUAAACAUGUCGAAGGAUUUUUCUCGUGAUUACGGAUAUGGCAGACAGGACGAUGACAUAAAUUCGUUUGCGGCAAUUUCAUUGCCCGUUUGGCGUUCCGACCUGACUUCCUAUCAAGGUAUGGGGAGCGUGACUCCCUCAUCUCUGGGUAGCUUGGGAAUAAGAGCCCUUUGCGUCGGGAAUUGCGACUCCGAAAAGCAUGGAACUCGGAGCUUUUGGUGGACCAAUUCCUCCGCAUAUCGAAAACUAAAUCGCGCCUUUGAGGAUGAUUAUGAUGUAGGUUAUGAUGACGAGUCUACAAAUGAGGAAGCUGCAGAGAAGCUGAAGACGAUGCGUCGUCUCUCAAUGCGACGUCUCUCUAAGAGAAAGCGCAAGGCAGGGGCCGGUAAACCGCUAUACGGCACCGGUGUCGUGUUCUACCUGACCAAGAAUGGUAGAAUACGAGGUAUUAUGACCUGGGGAUUACCUUUCACUUCGGGAGAAACUUCGGAAAUCAAUCCUGUGCUGCUGAAGCGCUUGAAGGUGAUUCUUGCGUCGAACGCUGGUGUUUCCUCGUUGGAUGCCGAAGAAAACCAUCAGGAAAUGAACACAGCACUUGCUAGAGCAAGCCAAGACCUUGUAUCGAUUGCGUUCAGAGAUCAAGCAACGGAUAUCACACAAGAAACACACGGCCUGAAUGGACCAAUUUCUGGUUACUCCACGCCGCUGUACCGUUACACUGAAAUUCUACCCGCAACGAGCUCAAACCUGAGUGUUUUGAAGAGAAAAGAAGGAGGAGCUCUUGGAGUAAUGGGUGAAGACUUGUUUGCGCUGGACGUUAUGCGUCUUGAAGAACCGGAAACGGCGAUAGACGAGAAUGAUGUGGCUCCGUCCAAUAUCCCUGUUACUGUGUACCCGGUCACAGUCGUCCCGUUUCAAGUUGAAGAAGCCUACGGUUCUGAGGCUGCUUCGUUGUCAUCCCUGAAAGAGUUAAACAAGUAUCUGGCAGUGCAACGUGGCUGGGAAGAGAACGAGGAAAGAGCGCGGCCAGGAAAGGAGGAUCUUUUGUGGCUUCGUCCAGGAGAUGAGCGAAAGAGCUCUUCCAAAAAACAAAUGAUUAUUGAUGCAUACAGAAGCAUCAUGUUUGCCCACAGACAGUAG